GUGUUUUAAGGAGCUGGAACCAUGACGGACUCCAAAUACUUCACGACCAAUAAAAAAGGAGAGAUUUUUGAGCUGAAGGCUGAACUCAACAAUGAAAAGAAAGAGAAGAGGAAAGAAGCUGUAAAGAAGGUUAUUGCAGCCAUGACUGUGGGGAAGGAUGUCAGCUCUCUGUUCCCUGAUGUUGUCAACUGCAUGCAGACUGACAACCUGGAGCUGAAGAAGCUGGUCUACCUGUACCUGAUGAACUAUGCCAAAAGCCAGCCAGACAUGGCCAUCAUGGCUGUCAACAGCUUUGUGAAGGACUGUGAGGACCCAAACCCGCUGAUCCGGGCGCUGGCCGUGCGCACCAUGGGCUGCAUCCGCGUGGACAAGAUCACCGAGUACCUGUGCGAGCCCCUGCGCAAGUGCCUGAAGGAUGAGGACCCCUACGUGAGGAAAACUGCAGCUGUCUGUGUGGCCAAGCUCCACGACAUCAAUGCCCAGAUGGUGGAGGACCAAGGGUUCCUGGAUUCCCUGCGGGAUCUGAUUGCAGACUCCAAUCCCAUGGUGGUGGCGAACGCCGUGGCCGCCCUGUCAGAGAUCAGUGAGUCCCACCCCAACAGCAACCUGCUGGAUCUGAACCCUCAGAACAUCAACAAGCUGCUGACAGCCUUAAAUGAGUGCACAGAGUGGGGGCAGAUCUUCAUCCUGGAUUGUCUGUCCAACUACAACCCCAAGGAUGACCGGGAAGCUCAGAGCAUCUGUGAGCGGGUCACCCCCCGGCUGUCUCACGCCAACUCAGCAGUGGUGCUGUCAGCAGUGAAGGUCCUGAUGAAGUUCCUGGAGCUCCUUCCCAAGGACUCUGACUAUUACAACAUGCUGCUGAAGAAACUUGCCCCUCCUCUGGUGACCCUGCUGUCUGGAGAGCCUGAAGUUCAGUAUGUUGCCCUGAGGAACAUCAACUUGAUUGUGCAGAAGAGGCCUGAAAUCCUGAAGCAGGAGAUCAAAGUGUUCUUUGUGAAGUACAACGACCCCAUCUAUGUCAAACUGGAGAAACUGGACAUCAUGAUCCGCCUGGCCUCGCAAGCAAACAUUGCCCAGGUCCUGGCAGAGCUGAAGGAAUACGCCACCGAGGUGGACGUGGACUUCGUGCGCAAGGCCGUGCGCGCCAUCGGCCGCUGUGCCAUCAAGGUGGAGCAAUCUGCAGAGCGCUGUGUGAGCACCCUGCUGGACCUCAUCCAGACCAAGGUGAACUACGUGGUGCAGGAGGCCAUCGUGGUCAUCAGGGACAUCUUCCGCAAGUACCCCAACAAGUAUGAGAGCAUCAUUGCCACUCUGUGUGAGAACCUGGAUUCCCUGGAUGAGCCAGAUGCCAGAGCUGCCAUGAUCUGGAUUGUGGGUGAAUAUGCUGAAAGAAUUGACAAUGCAGAUGAGCUGCUGGAGAGUUUCCUGGAGGGUUUCCAUGAUGAAAGCACUCAGGUGCAGCUCACUCUGCUGACUGCAAUAGUGAAGCUGUUCUUGAAAAAGCCUUCUGAGACACAGGAGCUGGUCCAGCAGGUGCUCAGCCUGGCCACACAGGAUUCUGACAACCCAGACCUGCGGGAUCGUGGCUACAUCUACUGGCGCCUUCUUUCCACGGAUCCAGUGACUGCCAAGGAAGUGGUGCUCUCAGAAAAGCCCCUGAUUUCUGAGGAGACUGAUCUCAUUGAGCCAACCCUGCUGGAUGAGCUGAUCUGCCACAUUGGGUCUCUGGCUUCUGUGUACCACAAGCCACCCAACGCUUUCGUGGAGGGCAGCCAUGGCAUCCACCGCAAGCACCUGCCCAUCCACCAUGGCAGCACUGAUGCUGGUGACAGCCCCGUGGGCACCACCACCACCACCAACCUGGAGCAGCCACAGGUCAUCCCAUCCCAGGGUGACCUCCUGGGGGACCUCCUCAACCUGGACCUGGGCCCCCCUGUGAACGUGCCCCAAGUGACCAACAUGCAGAUGGGUGCUGUGGACCUCCUGGGAGGAGGGCUGGACAGCUUGCUUGGCAGUGACCUUGGCGGGGGCAUUGGAGGAAGCCCGGCAGUGGGCCAGACCUACAUUCCUUCCUCUGUGCCAGCCACCUUUGCCCCUUCUCCCACCCCAGCAGUGGUCAGUGGCCUCAACGACCUCUUUGAGCUCUCAUCUGGCAUGGGGAUGGCUCCUGGAGGAUAUGUGGCUCCCAAGUCUGUUUGGCUGCCUGCAGUGAAAGCUAAAGGACUGGAGAUCUCAGGCACAUUCAGCCACAGGCAGGGACACAUCUACAUGGAGAUGAACUUUACCAAUAAGGCUUUGCAGCACAUGACUGACUUUGCCAUUCAGUUCAAUAAGAACAGCUUUGGAGUCAUCCCAAGCACCCCCCUGGCCAUUCACACACCUCUGAUGCCAAACCAAAGUAUUGAUGUCUCCCUGCCCCUCAACACUCUGGGACCAGUCAUGAAGAUGGAGCCUCUGAACAACCUCCAGGUGGCUGUGAAAAACAACAUUGAUGUCUUUUACUUCAGCUGCCUCAUCCCUCUCAACGUGCUUUUCGUGGAGGAUGGCAAAAUGGAGCGCCAGGUCUUCCUUGCAACAUGGAAGGAUAUUCCAAAUGAAAAUGAGCUUCAGUUCCAGAUUAAAGACUGUCACCUGAAUGCUGACACUGUCUCCAGCAAGCUGCAGAACAACAACGUGUACACCAUUGCCAAGAGGAACGUGGAGGGGCAGGACAUGCUCUACCAGUCCCUGAAGCUCACCAAUGGCAUCUGGAUCCUGGCUGAGCUGCGCAUCCAGCCCGGCAACCCCAACUACACGCUCUCCCUGAAAUGCCGAGCUCCAGAAGUGUCCCAGUACAUCUACCAGGCCUACGAUGCCAUCUUGAAAAACUAACAGGAGGUGGAGCCUGUGCCUCACCCUGCAGAAGGAGGAGGGGGGAAAAGGGGUCCCCAGAGCCUCCUUCACCGCCAGCGCAGGGAAGAGCACUCCUAACUGGAAGCAGCUGUAUUCAUGUGUAGGAUUGCAGUCAAAGGCACUGAUUAAACAAGGUAGCAAUUAG